AUGGCUGCAGUCAAUCAGGUUUACAUCGCCAUCAUUGGCGCCGGUGGUGUCGGCAAGUGCUUCCUCUCUCAGCUGCAAGCCCUCGCCGCUCGCAGGCCGUCCCCCAAGCUGAGCCUCUGCUACAUCUCGACAAGUCGCAAGGCCCUAUACAAUGUCGAUUACUCCCCCGUGAGCCUUGAUGGUGUCACUGAAAGCCUCGCUGCUUCCACACAGGCCCCUCCUCCUCUGGCGCAAGUGAUUGACUACCUGGCUUCCGCCCCCGCCAAGGUGGUCCUGGUCGACAACACGAGCUCUCAGGAUGUUGCCGACGCUUACCCCCUGGCCCUGAGUCGGGGUCUCAGCAUCGUGACACCUAACAAGAAGGCCUUUUCCGGCUCAUACAAGCUCUGGCAGGAUAUCUUUACGGCAUCCGCAACCUCGGGCGCCAAGGUCUACCACGAGUCUUCGGUCGGCGCUGGUCUGCCAGUCAUCUCCACGCUGAAGGAUCUGGUGGACACUGGAGACAAGGUGACCAAGAUUGAGGGUGUCUUUAGCGGCACCAUGUCGUUCCUCUUCAAUUCGUUUGCACCGACCGAGGGUCAGGGUGGCAAGUGGUCUGAGGAGGUGAAGAAAGCAAAGGCUCUUGGCUAUACCGAGCCGGAUCCGAGAGAUGACCUCAAUGGCCUUGAUGUCGCCCGCAAGUUAACUAUUUUGGCCCGCUUGGCAGGUCUGCCUGUCGAAUCGCCCACAUCUUUCCCCGUCCAGAGCCUCAUUCCCAAGGAAUUGGAGGCUUGUGCGAGCGGAGAUGAAUUUCUCGACAAGCUGCCCGCCUUUGAUCAGCAUAUGGAAGACACCAAAGCUGCCGCCGAGAAGGCUGGAAAAGUUAUUCGGUUUGUUGGCAGCAUUGACGUGGCUACCCAGCAGGUCAAGGUUGGGCUGGAGCAGUUUGAUCGCUCACACGCCAUUGCUUCUCUCAAGGGCAGCGACAACAUCAUCAGCUUCUAUACUGAGAGAUAUGGCAGCAAUCCCUUGAUUAUCCAGGGCGCGGGUGCCGGCGGAGACGUGACGGCUAUGGGCGUGACAGGAGAUCUCAUCAAGGUGCUUUCGCAAAUCGCUUAG